UAAACUAUCUUCGCUUUUUGAUUUGUUUGCUUCCUCUAUCUGAUUUUUGUUUACUUUCAUUUUGAGUUCACUGUGCAAGAACUGUGGCCUAUCUAAUCUCCUGGUUUUUGUUUUUUUUUUGAGAUUGUUUCACAGCGUUAUUUCUAAUUGAAGACAAUACAAUAUUCAGUAAUAGGAGAAUUGUUAAAUACGGUCCCAUGUGUGGUGCAGGGAGAGAUAGUCCAGUCUAGGCAGCUGAGGACCGACGGCGACCAUCUAUGCGAUCACAAGUAAGGAUUUCAGCUGCUCUGACUGGCUCUGUGGACCAAACAUCAUUCUUCUGCCUCCAGACCACCUAGUGGCUCCGCUUCUACUGCUGUCCCUCUUCCUGAAGAGGCUUCUUGGGCUUAGAGAGCACGUUCAUUUAGACUUCCAGAAGCUGGAGCCAGGAAAUGGACUCAGUGGCUAUUGAGGAUGUGGCUGUGGACUUUACCCAGGAAGAAUGGGCAUUGCUGGAUCUUUCUCAGAGGAAACUCUACAGAGAUGUGAUGAUGGAAACCUUCAGAAACCUGGCCUCAGUUGUUUCUCGAAACAAUGAUGGAGGAAAGCUAUCCACUGAAAAUACGAUAGUAGGAUUCAUGAAGAAUGACACCUGUUUCUCCAUGGUAGGAGACAUCUGCAAAUCGCAUGGCGUUGAAGAUAAAGAUAACAACCAGAAAACACAUGUAAGCAUACUGCCUAUUUUUAACAGAAAGCAUAUGAUAGAGAAUCUCUGUGAGAGAAAUGAAGACAAUCAGUGUGGACAGACCUUCAGCCAGAUUCUAAGUCAUUCUGUGCUCAAAAGAACUCCUAUGGAAGGACAUCCUUCUGAAUUCCUUGAGUGUGGAAAAUCCUUGAUGGAUCAUUCAUCACUUAAGCAUCAUAUCAGAUCUCACUCUGGAUGCGUUGCCUCUCAGUGUAAGGAGUGUGGACAAGCCUGCAGUUGUCUCUCCUACCUCAGCACUCCUGUGAGAACUCUUACUGGAGAGAAACCCUAUGAAAGUAAGGAAUAUGGGAAAGCCUUUCGUCAUUUCUCAGUUCUGAAGACACAUAUGAGAAAUCACAGUGGAGUGAGGCCUUAUGAAUGUAAGGAAUGUGGCAAAACCUUUCGUCAGUCUUCAGUCCUCAUGACACAUAUGAGAACUCACAGUGGAGAGAGGCCUUAUAAAUGUAAGGAAUGUGGCAAAGCCUUUAGUUACUCCUCAAAUUUCACUGUACAUAUAAGAACUCACAGUGGAGAGAGGCCUUAUGAGUGUAAGGAAUGUGGGAAAGCCUUUAGAUGCUCCUCAGACGUCACUAGACAUAUGAGUAUCCACAGUGGAGAGAGGCCUUAUGAAUGUAAGGAAUGUGGCAAAGCCUUUCGUCUGUCCUCACACCUCAGUACACAUAUGAGAAUUCACGGUGGAGAGAGGCCUUAUGAAUGUAAGGAAUGUGGGAAAACCUUUCGUUGGCCACCAGACCUCACUGCACAUACAAGAACUCACAGUGGAGAGAGGCCUUAUAAAUGUAAGGAAUGUGGGAAAGCCUUUCGUCGUUCGUCACACCUCACUACACAUACGAGAAUUCACAGUGGAGAGAGACCUUAUGAAUGUAAGGAAUGUGGUAAAGCCUUUAGAUGCUCCUCAAACUUCACUACACAUAUGACUACUCACAGUGGAGAGAGGCCUUAUGAAUGUAAGGAAUGUGGGAAAGCCUUUAGUUGUCCAUCACACCUCACUACACAUAUAAGAACUCACAGUGGAGAGAAGCCUUAUGAAUGUAAGGAAUGUGGCAAAGCCUUUAGUUACUCCUCAAACUUCACUGCACAUAUAAGAACUCACAGUGGAGAGAGACCGUAUGAAUGUAAGGAAUGUGGCAAAGCCUUUAGACGCUCCUCAUACCUCACUAGACAUAUGAGUACUCACAGUGGAGAGAGGCCUUAUGACUGUAAGGAAUGUGGCAAAGCCUUUCGUCGCUCCUCACACCUCAGUAAACAUAUGAGAAUUCACAGUGGAGAGGGGCCUUAUGAAUGUAAGGAGUGUGGGAAAACCUUUUGUUGGCCAUCAGACCUCACUGCACAUAUGAGAACUCACAGUGGAGAGAGACCUUUUGAAUGUAAGGAAUGUGGCAAAGCCUUUCGUCGUUCCUCACACCUCACUAACCAUAUGAGAAUUCACAGUGGAGAGAGGCUUAUGAAUGUAAGAAAUGUGGGAAAGCCUUUAGCUGGCCAUCACACCUCACUACACAUAUAAGAACUCACAGUGGAGAGAGGCCUUGUGAAUGUAAAAAAUGUGUCAAAGCCUUUAGUUGUCCAUCACACCUGACUGCACAUAUAAAAACUCACAGUGGAGAGAGGCCUUAUGAAUGUAAGGAAUGU